AUGGAGAGUGAGAGUACAGUUAUGGAGGAUGUACAGAUGAUGGUGGUGGAGGUGGUAGAUACGAUGGAUGUAGUAAUGGAAGGCGAUCAUCAAUCAGAAAGUAAAAACAAUGAAUCGGAAAAUAAAUUCAUUGAGUUGGCAAAUGAAUUGAAAAAUAAAAUCAUUGAGUUGGAAAAUGAAUUGAAAAAUAAAAACAAUGAAUUAGAAAGUAAAAUCAGUAUAAUCAAUGAAUUUGGAAGCAAAAACAAUGAAAUGGAAAGUAUAAUCAAUGAAUUGGAAAGUAAUAACAAUGAAUUGAAAAGUAAAACUAAAAAAUUAGAAAGUAAAAUCAUUGAAUUGAAAAACAUAAACAAUGAAACAGAAGAAAAAUUCAUGGAGUUGGAAAGUAAAAAUGAAGGAUUGAAACAGAGAAACACUAAAUGGAGAAAAAACUGCAAGAAAUUGAAAGCUAAAAACGAUGAAUUAGAAAAUAACAAUAAUCUGUUGAAAAAUAAAAACAAUGAAUUAGAAAGUAACAACAAUCUGUUGAAAAGUAAAAACAAUGAAUUGGAAAUCAGAAACAAAGGAAAAAGUCAAAAUACAUUUGGGAGCACAUUUAUGGGGGGAAUUGUGAUGAACAUUUUCAAUCCUAAAGAACUUCAAACAACUUGUCAAGAAUUAGAGGCAUUAUUAAAUUCAAAGGAUAUUUAUAUUAAUGGUUUGCUAAAAGAUAAUGAUGACUUAAAGAAAGAAGCUACUAAAUAUCAAUCAGCUUUGGGCGAUGCAACAAGUUUUCAACUAGGAAGUCAAGAUUCCAAUAAUGCUGGUCAAUUAUCAAAAGAUAUUGGUAAUUUACAUAAAAAUUUAGAUAAAUUUUGUGGGCUGAAAAAAGGUAUUAAAAUUAAUGAAUCAGAG